AUGACCAAACGCCAAACACAAACCACACCUCCGCGAGUGUCAUUUGGCGUAGAACUCGAGUUCUUCGUUGCCUUCGUGCGCGAGGGGGAAACAGACCCCGACCAUGCCAUCAGGCAUGAACUACAGCCUCUUGUCGUAGUUCCCCCGGAUGAUGGGAUCGAUAAGCACGGCCUUCCGCAUACGGCGUACGAUUGGGACGAGGACUUUGUGUUCCACAGCAUUGGUGACGCCUUAGCUAAAGCUGGGUUGCCGGUUUAUGGCCAGGGUCAAUGCGGUGUGUCCGGCUCUGUGCAGAGCAGGCAGAGUAAAAAGGCCAUUGACGCGUUCCAGCUAAAGACAGACAUCUCUCUCAAGGCUGACCACGUCGACGGGUACCGCUGGCAGCGCGUCGAAAUGAUAUCACCGGCUAUGUACAACAUGAAUAUGUCUUUUGACAUGGUUCGUCUGGCGGUAAGUGUAAUCACUACUAACUUCCGAUGCCGAGUGAAUCCUAGCUGUGGAUUCCACGUUCAUGUGGGUGUAGGACCGACGCAAAGAAUCGACGCAAGAACUUUACGGCAUUUCGCUGCCCUCUUAUGGGCUGCCGACCCUCUUAUUAGUCGACUUCAUCCUCCUUGGCGCGCUACCCUCGCCUACAGCCAGUCUGCUCGAGUGAACGAAGCUACACCGCUGGGACAGGGCAAAGGCCCUGCAGGUGCGACUAUUGACAAAGACAUUGCCCCACGGGAUUUGAAGAAGAUGAAAGUUCUGGGAAGAGACCGCUGGCUUGGCGAUUCAGUUGAGGUGGACACGACCUCAGAGACGAUGAUUCGCGAGUUGAACUUAGAUCAAGAAGACGAUGAGGCCCUUCUGACAGGCUACGAACCAUGGCAGCAUCGACCGGCCAUUCCCGAAGUCAGGGACCCAAAGAGUUCCGAAGCUCGCUCAACCUCGCCAUUUGGGUUUCCUCCACUUAGAUACGAAGCUCCUGUACCAAUGCCGAAGAACUACCGCAGCUCGGCAACCAAGGGCGUAAUCCCACCACGGCCUCGACCUCCCCCAAUCAAGAGACGCUACGCUCGUGUUCCCGGAACCAUGCGAAAAGAUAUCCGCGGAGAUCCCGACUUCUUGGACGGGUACAUCCUAGGCCAAGGAGGAAGUAUCGGAUGUGUGGAAGUCAACCAGCCGUCUCGAUGGGACGUCAUGUCUGGCGUCAGGGAUCUCCUCGGUGCUGACAUGACGGUCGCACAGGUUGGGCAGUUGAUGACGCCUGCCUUUCUCCCCAAGCAUAUCAACUACAAGUUCAAAGCCUAUGAUUUCUACUCUCUCGAACAUCUCGCCCCGCAGGAUGGAAACGGCACACGGACGACGUACCCCACAAAAGACCAUACGAUUGAGUUCCGCGAGGCGGCGGGCUCUUUGGAUGUGGAGUGGAUUGCGACCUGGGCUCGCAUCUGCUGUCGCCUACUCGAAUGGAGCCGUGAUGCCGAGCCGACGGAGUUUAUGUGUGUGAUGCGGCUGCUGGCGUGGGCCCAGGAAGAGGAGGGCGCUCAGUACGACGUGGUUGACUUGUUGAUCGAUCUGGGCCUGAUCACCGAAGCGAGAUUCUGCGAGGACAGGUUACAGCAGGGGGAGGCUGCGUGGUGGGAGUGCGCCAAUCUUGGCGCUCUCGAAGGGUCUGAGAAUGCUUUUGGAGACGGGAUGGGAUACCCGGUGCCUGGAUUCGACGACUACGAGAUGCCUGAUGUAGAGAGUGGCGGUGGGCAUCGGUACCCCGGAGUCGCGUUCGGGGGCUGGGACGAUGCUCACGGUGGUGAGUAUAGGUGCGGAGAGGUUUGGGAUUCGUCGAGUGGCAGUGAUGCUUUCGAGCUCGAGUGCAAGGCACCUGAGGCUGGCGAGAAGACCGAGACAACUACACCCGACACAUUUGCGAAGGUAGCCGGAGAUAUGCCUACGGCCGGUGAGACAUACCCGGAAUACACAUCGGAGGAGAAGGCAGGUGGUGAAGUGGAUGAGCAAGGUGUUGCCGAUGUCUUAGAUACGUCGUCGGAGUAUGCUUGGGUUGAACAUGAUGAAUACUCUCGCGAGAGGAAGCGGGCUGAGUCAGAGGAUGGCUUUGAGAUUGUGGAACGCGAGAAUUAA